AUGUCCUCCCCGACGGCCAUCCCCAUGACCUACUACGACAACUACCACACGCUAGACAAUCCACAUCUGCGCAACAUCUGCCGAUACGACCGCGAUGCUCAGAAGCACUGCAUCAUGUGCGAGAAGGCGGCCAACCCGACCUUCCUCUGCAGCGGGUGCAGGUCGACGACUGGCAGCACCACGCUCGUUCCUGCGCCCAGGCGUCCAACCUUCCCUCCCUGCCCAUCCCCAGCUGCCCGCCGCAUCCUGAUCUUCCCCGCGCAGAGCACCACCCCUGUUUUCGCCCGGGCCGAGAUGACCGACGGCGGGAAACUCCAGGUGGCCCACAACGAACUCCAACGAAGGUGCGGCGGGGCGGGCACGAUUGUCGCUGAUGAUGUCCCCUCGCCUUAUGAGUCGGGGUUGACGGAAAAGGGAAAUGGCGAGCAGGGGGCGGAGAAGGGGAGGGUGCUGUUCAGCAGGGAGAUGAUUGAAGGGCUGAUGAAGGCCAGCAACUCUGAACAUAAGUGAGUAGUGACAAGCUGUCGGACACACGGACAGGAUCU